UCUAUUUAACAGACGCUGACUCUGAAGAUCUUCGCAGUGAGUCAUGGGCUGUUUACGAAUUCUGACAUGGACACUGUGUGUCCUCCUGAACUGGAUCUGUGUGGAUCAAGCGGUGGCUGAACCGCAGUACCUGGUGGCCAUUCCUGCAGUUAUAGAAGCUGGAGCUGAGUCCAAAUUCUGUGCAAGUCUUCUGCAGCCCGGUGAGACUGUGGUCAUGACUGUCACUUUGAUGUCCAGAGAGGAGAAUACAACCCUGCUCACACAUACAUCCAAUGAAGAGUUUCAUACAUGUACUCAGUUUAAGGCUCCUUCAGUGGAAGGAGAAAAGAUUCUGGAUUUUGAGGUGGACGUAAGAGGAGACACAUUUCAUGCAAAAGAAGUGAGAAAAGUCAUGAUCAAAGCCUACAAGGCCAGGACAUUCAUCCAGACGGAUAAACCCCUCUACCUCCCUGGACAAACAGUUCAUUUCAGAGUCGUUGCGCUGGACUCCAAGUUUAGACCUGUCAGUCAGCUGUGCAAUAUGAUUGAAAUCAAGGAUCCCAAUAGAAACAGGAUUGGACAGUGGUUAAAUGAAACAUCCAAUAAUAAAAUAUUGCAGCUUUCAUAUUCCUUGAACUCUGAGGCCCAUGAAGGAACGUACCAAAUAAUAGUGUCUGUGGGUGAAGAUAAAUUUGGUCACAGAUUCAAGGUGGAAAAGUAUGUUUUACCCAAAUUUGACGUAACAGUAAAUGUAUCUGAAGAAGUGAGUAUUGGCCAGGAAGACGUUGAUAUUAAAUUAUGUGCAAAGUACACAUUUGGACAGCCUGUUCCAGGAAGUGUUACAAUUACGAUGUGCCGACCUCUUCAUUACUCUGUUGUCCUCGCUUCGAAACAGGCGCCCUGCCACACAGAGACCAAACGGGCAGACAAGACAGGCUGUACAGUUGUUACCUUCAAGAUGUCAACCUUCAAAAAAACUAACAAAAAAUUCCUUCAAGAUGAGCUGAUUGUCAGUGCGAAAAUGGAAGAGGAGGGAACAGGCAUUUCACAGGAACAAGAAAAGAGAAUAAGAAUUUCCUACAUGCUUGGAAAAGUGUAUUUUGUUGAUAUGCCGAGGAUUUAUGAACCAGGAUCAAAUGUCGAAGGAAAAGUUAAAGCAGUUUACUACAAUGACACACCCAUUUCCAAAGCACCUGUGUAUCUGUUUGUGGAAGAAUAUGGGUCGGCACACUUGCUAAAAAUUCUAACAACUGACAGCAACGGUGUCGCUGAGUUUUCAUUCAGCACAGAUAACUUCGAUGAGGAUAUUAAACUCCAUGCAACCCUGACACCAACCCUAAAUGAUCCAAGAUAUAGAACUGUUUUUUAUUAUAAUGGAUUUCACAUACUGUAUAAGUCCCAACCUCACGUUCAAGAUGCAAAAACAUUCAGCUCGCUGGAAGUGAAGAUGAAGGAUAAAAUCCUUUCCUGUGAUGCAGAAGAGGAUAUAUCUAUACGGUACACUAUAGUGAGGGAAGCAGUAAUCUCCAUGGAUGUGAUGUAUCUGGUAUUGUCCAGAGGAGCUAUUGUCAUGCAAGGAUUUAAACAGAUUACAGUUAAACAUCAGUCAGUGAAUGAGGGUGAGGUGUCCUUUAAAUUGAGAAUUUCUCCUGACAUGGCACCAGUCGUCCAGAUUGUAGCUUAUGCUGUACUUCCCCGUAAGAUUGUGAUCGCCCACAGUGCUGACUUCUCCACUGAGAAGUGCUUCAGUAACAAGGUGUCAUUGGAGUUCACGCCUUCUUCAGCUGUCCCAGGAGAAAAAAACAACAUGCAGGUGACGGCCCUUCCACACUCUCUGUGUGGUGUGAGUGCCAUUGACAAGAGUGUCCUCAUAGAGGAGCCUGGGAAUAUUCUGGAUGUAGAUAAGAUAUUUAAUUUGCUGCCUGUCUGGAAAGCAUCUUCUAUCCCAUAUGCGCUUCAAGAACCACAUUCAACUAAAUGCUGGAAUGUGAGAAAAAGAAGAUAUAUUGAACCUAAUCAAUAUAAAGAAGCCUACAUAACUUUCCAGAAUGUAGGAUUAAAGGUGGCAACAAACCUGCUGCUCCAAAUUCCUCGUUGUGUGAGUUUCCUGGGAAGGAAUUAUCACCAGGAACCUUUAUUUGGGAGUCCUGGAAAUCCUGGAAUAUUUUAUUCACCAGAAGCACCACUGAUGAAAACCGUCCGUACUUUCUUUCCAGAGACUUGGAUAUGGGACCUGGUGGAAGUUGGAGAGUCUGGAACAAAGGAUGUGUCCCUCACUGUCCCUGACACCAUCACCACCUGGGAGACGGAGGCUUUCUGUUUGUCCUCUCAGGGUUUUGGUUUGGCUCCUCGAAAAGAAUUUAGGGUCUUCCAGCCCUUUUUCCUCGAGCUCACCAUGCCCUACUCCAUCAUCCGGGGGGAGCACUUUGAACUGAAGGCAACUGUCUUCAACUACCUGACAAGUUGCAUCAUGGUCACGGUCUUUGCUACGCCUUCCUCAGAUUAUACCCUCACCCCUCUUUCUGGAGACCAGUACACAUCCUGUUUGUGUGCUAGCGAGCGCAAGACUGUGAGCUGGACCAUGAUUCCAACAGUUUUAGGGGCUGUGAAUGUGACCGUGUCUGCUGAGGCAGUGCCAUCCCAUGUUUCAUGUGAUAAUGAGGUUGUGAGCGUACCAGAGAGAGGCCGCAUUGAUGUGGUCACAAAAUCCCUCAUAGUAAAGGCUGAGGGGACUGAGAUGACAAAGACAUCCAACUGGCUGCUUUGUCCAAAAGGAGACACACUGACAGAGGAAACCGAGAUACAGCUGCCUGAGAAUGUGGUUGAAGGAUCUGCCCGCACUUUUGUAUCAGUCCUGGGUGACAUCCUCGGCCGGGCUCUGAAGAACUUGGAUGGACUGCUCCAGAUGCCGUAUGGAUGUGGAGAGCAGAACAUGGCUCUUCUAGCCCCCAACAUCUACAUCCUCCAGUACCUGAAAGGCACACAGCAGCUCACCCCAGCCAUCAUGGAAAAAGCCACCAACUUCCUGACCAGUGGUUACCAAAGACAGCUGAACUACAAAAGUUAUAAAGGCGCAUACACCAUAUUUGGAAGAGGACCAGGAAACACUUGGCUGACUGCUUUUGUGAUGAGAAGUUUUGCCAAAGCUCAGUCUUUUGUCUACAUUGAUCCAAGAAUUAUUGAAGAGUCUAAGACAUGGCUGGGAAAUAAACAACAAGCAAAUGGCUGUUUUAAAAAGUCAGGCAAACUCUUCCACAACAGAAUGAAGGGAGGUGUGUCUGAUGAAGUGACUCUCAGUGCAUACAUCACUGCUGCUUUCUUGGAAAUGAAUAUAUCCCAACAUGAUCCUGUGGUGAAUAAUAGCUUGGCUUGUCUCAGGGAGUCCAUCAAUGACCUCAGCAACACCUACACUACAGCUCUGCUAGCCUAUGUCUUCACCCUGGCAGGAGACACGGAGACCCGCGCUCACCUUCUGCAGCACUUAGACACAGUUGCAGUGAGGGAAGGAGGUUUCCUGUACUGGUCUCAGACAGCAGCAGAGACAUCAGCCUCCCUGUCAGUGGAAAUCAGUUCUUAUGUGCUGUUGGCCAAACUCAGUGCCUCCACAGCUGCUGACGACCUGGGUUAUGCCUCUGGCAUUAUUAGGUGGCUGACUGGCCAGCAGAACUACUACGGAGGCUUCUCCUCCACUCAGGACACAGUGGUGGCUCUUCAGGCUCUGGCUCUCUACUCCACUCUGGUGUUCAGUCCUGAGGGUUCAAGCACAGUGACAGUUCAGUCUGACAGCAGUCAGCUGACAUUCGAUGUAAAUCCGGGCAACAAACUGCUCUACCAGGAGGAGACGAUGGAGGGCGUGUCAGGAAAGUACAGCCUGGAGGUGAAGGGCACUGCAUGUGUGUCAGUGCAGAUUUCUCUUCACUGCAACAUCCUGAGUCCCACUGAUGUCACUACUCUCAGCGUGGAGGUCAAAUCAGAGAUUGAUGCAACAAGUGAAUCCAGACGCAAUCUCACUCUGACAAUAAAAUCCCUGUACAGUGGAAAGGAGAAUACUACAAACAUGGUGAUCCUGGAUAUCAAAAUGCUCUCUGGAUUUGUCCCAAAUGAAGUGUCUUUAAAGAUGCUCAAAGGUGCCCCAUUGGUGGAUCGUGUUGAACAAACAGAAGAUCAUGUUCUGGUGUAUUUACAGGAGUUACCAAAGGACAUGCCCAAGAACUACAGCUUGACAAUCAUAGAAGAACUUCGAGUGGAGAACCUGAAACCAGCUGUGAUCAAAAUCUAUGACUACUACCAGCCAAGUGACCGAGCUGAGACUGAAUACAUUUACCCAUCAGCUGCAGUUUAAAGAUGUGCAGUCAGUCCUGAGGUUGUCACUCAAGUUAUACAGCUUACAUUUUAAUAAAGAUGCUUUUUAAACACAAA